AUGCUCGUUACCAAUCAAUUUACAUCAUCUUCAGAAAAAAUGCAAAGGGAAAGUCCCAAUCUUUGCAGGUAUUUCGCCAAUGGUUGUUGUACCAGGGCAGAAGCUUGUCAAUUUUCACAUGAUAGAAGCUCGAAACCAGACAUGAUUUGUGCUUUCUAUUUGAAAGGAUCUUGUCUAUAUGACUCGGCAUGCCGAUUUGACCAUAUUAAGCCGAAAAAAGAAAAAAAAGAAAUUCCCACAAAAUCUCAUUCACUACCAAAGCCAGUGCGGUUGCCAAAGGCAGGAUUGAAUGUUGCAGCUGCAGAAUUUGUUCCGAGCUGGAAGAGAGCAGAAGCAGGUACAAGCUAUUCCCAAGUUGUUGGAACGAGUAGCACAGUUUGCGAGAAGGACAUUCCAUUGUGCCCUUAUUUUGAAAUGGGAGAAUGUUUGGUUGAUAAUUGCACUUUAAUACAUGGAGAUGUCUGUGAAAUGUGUUCAACUGCUUGUUUACAUCCGUAUGAUGAGGAGCAAAAAAAAGCUCAUUUCAAUGAAUGUCUGAUCACGCACCACAGGGCCAUGGAGCAAGCGUUCGCUGAGGCUAAAAGUAAAGAGAAGCAAUGUGGAAUUUGUAUGGAUAAUGUUUUUGAGAAGUCUUCUCGAUUCGGAAUUUUGGAAGGAUGUAAGCAUUGCUUCUGUCUCGAUUGUAUCAGACAGUGGCGUAAAAAACAAGAGUUCGAAACGAAGGUUGUGAGAUCCUGCCCAGAAUGCCGCGUUCACAGCGACUAUGUGGUUCCUUCUCUUUAUUGGGUUGAAGAGGAUGACGAGAAAACUGUUUUGGUAGAACUAUACAAAGAAAAUACCAAGGAAAAGCUGUGCAAAUAUUAUAUGAAUAAGUCGAGUGAUGGGUGUCCGUUUGGUAAUAAGUGUUUCUAUAAGCAUCAAAUGCCUGAUGGAGCUAUAGACCCUGGUACAAGCCCUCAUGUUAGAAGACGUCCACAACUUUCCGGAUUUUUGUUUAGGCAAGAAUCUGAUUUUUCAGACGAUGAUUAUGAUGAUGUAGAUUCUGACGACAUGGUAGAAAGAUUAAUUGCUGCCUUACAACCUCGGUUGGGACUUGGAGAUUAA